GAGUCUCGCUUCUCUGUAGCUCAGGAGGAAGCUUUCGGCUAUCGACGUCCGUGCAGCAUCAGGUCUCUCCUCUUGGUCGGUUCUCGCGCUGUUUGGAACAAGUCGGGCCGCUCGAGAGCGAGAAAUUGUGCGAUCGAAGAGUACACAUGAAAGCUUCGAAGGCGUUCGUCUAAAUGUCCAGUCUGAUGCUCUCCGAGUCGACGCAGCAGCACUUGUCCUCGGCCUGGAAUCCCGUCGGCAGUAGCAUGCUAUGCAAGCCAGAGACAUUCUCCGCGAGCUUUCACGACCCCUUUGAUCAGUCUUCCUUCUUCUCUUCGUCAUCGUCUUCCCUCGAACAACAGCAGCAGCAGCAGCAGCAACAGCACGACUUUUUGCUUCCAUCGCCUCGUCUCAUCAGGUAUGCUCAUCACCUGUGGAGCAAUUCGGGAUCGCCCAAGGCGCUGGAGCUGAAGAAUCCGGAGAUUUUGCGAAAGACCUCGUCGCCAUCGUCCUCCACUUCGCAGAUCACUAACGAGGCCAUGGAGGGCCGCAUCCCCAAGCAAGAACUCUCGGAGAGCGAGCUCGACGCGAUCCUUCGAACGCUCUCCCACCAGCAGCAGCAAAGUCACGCUUCAACUGUUGCUUCUUCCGGAAUUCCAUUCCACGAGUUGGCCGAUCCCGACCACCACCACCACCACCACAGUCAACAAGCUCCUCCCUCCUCGUCUGGAUUGCAAACUCAAACCGCUGCCACGGCUGGAUCUCUCUGGAACUUCCCCGAGCAGGAUCCAUUCAGCUCGUCACCGCCGGAUCACCACCCAUUCGCCUUCCACGCCGCGACCAACAGCGAUCACAAAGACUCCAGCCAGUUCUCGUGGAGCUUCUCUGAUCAACAGCAAGCGCCGCGCGAUCGCCAGCAGCAGCAGCAGCAGCAGCAACAAUGGUUCUCGCAGCUCCAAUCUUUUGGAAAUCCUGCCGAUGAUCCAGCUCCACCUCUCUACUUCCAGACACAGCCACAGCAGCAGCACAUGCCCGGUCAAGGCAUCCUCGGCGCGCCACCGUUAUUCAUCCCGGAUCACCUGGAAUUCGAGGAGAAGCCCAUUCUCGGCAGCGGCGCGGCUGCCACAGGCCUACCUGGAACACCGAAUUCUUCCACAUCCUCGUCGCUCAGUGACGGGCCCGACGAUCAAGACGCCAGAACUGCCGCCGCUGCCGCCGCUCCUGCGAGCCCGUCAUUGGGAUCCGGAGCGCCAAAUGUCGCUGUUGGGAGCUCCAAGCGCAAGAUGCCGCACGAUGGAUCCGGCGAUGGCGGUGAUCCAGACGCGAAACCCUCGCCCGGUGGUGGAGACAAGAAGACCAGCGCCAAGCCGCGCAAGAAAGGCCAGAAGAGGAUCCGCGAGCCGCGCUAUGCGAUCCAGACGCGCAGCGAGGUGGAUAUCAUGGACGAUGGCUACCGGUGGAGGAAGUAUGGGCAGAAGGCCGUCAAGAACAGCCCUCAUCCCAGGAGCUACUAUCGGUGUACCAACACGAAGUGCCCCGUGAAGAAGCGCGUGGAGCGUUCUUCCGAGGACCAAGGACUGGUGAUCACAACUUAUGAAGGGAUCCACAACCAUCAUAGCCCUGCCGUGCUGCGCAGCUCCGCCGAAGCUGCUCAGUAUGCAGAGCGAUCGUUUGCUGGUUACUCGCUCUACUCGGCUGGAUUGCUCCAUCACCACCUCAACUUUGCGGCUCCGCCGCCACCACUGCCGCCGCAUAACUUCUCCACCGCCUCCUCCGCCAGGACCAACUUCGAUCUCACAAUGCAGCUCUCGAGAAAUUCCAGCCAGCAGCAGCAGAUGUAUCGACCGGAUCAACUGGAGCACCAUCACCACCUCCAGCUCCAACACGCUCAAGAACAGCACGAAAACGUUGCGAGUGGCAGGGUGGCGGACGAGGGCCUCCUCGAGGACAUGGUUCCAACGAGCUCACGAACGAGGAACUUAUGAUAUAUUCGAUUCGCGAUCGAGAUCAUCGUGGGACCAAGUUCAAUCGGAGCCGAGAGCUCUAUCGCUCUGAUCAUCAAAUCACUGACACAAAAGCUGAUCAAUGCGGAAAACAUCACCGAAUAACUUUUGGGAGGAUCGUUUUCGCUCGAUGCUGACUCGAAACGAUUUUGCGGACAGAUCUCUCAUGUGCAUUACAAUGAAAAUGGAUCGACCCUA